AUGUUUUUCUCGUUUGAGCAUAUGGCUAAGUUACAAGAAAAAUACGAAUACGGAGCUUCUGCAAUCCUUGGGAGUUUCCCAACAUACUUUAUAACAGCAAACCACAUAAUAAGCGAGGUCGAGAAAGAAAAGGUGGCCCCUAUGAUCAGGAAAUUACUGAAUAUGGUAGCUGGCAGUGAAAGGUUUUGUGGAGAAAAAGCACUGUCUUCUUUUAAUUUUCAUUUCGUGGAGACCAAUUCUCAAAUUUUAAAAGAUCAUUCAACAUGGCCUGGGCGAAUGUUCAUCGGUUCCGAUGUCCAGUCUCUUUUCGCGGUUGAUGAAGUGGGACUCGCCACCAUUAUCGGUCAUUCACUCGCACAUGCAUUUUUGAAUCAUAAAGGGGAGGAGACAUCAGUGGAGCUCUUCGAAAAUGCAGCUUGGUCUCUAGUUCCGGUGCUAGUGGUCCUAGCAAUUGCAUCCAAACAGAUGCGAAUACCAGCUGCAACGUAUUGCUUGUGUGUUGGAGCUUUUCGCAAGUAUUAUCAGCAAACUCACACCAAAAUGCUUGAGAAGGAAGCGGACAUGUGGGGCUUGGAGGUGAUGAAAUUGGCGGGAUAUGAUGUCACCAAGGCAACGGAAUACUGGGAGCGCAAGACGAAUUACGUCCUGCGAAUGAUAGACGACUUGAAAAUACAACGGAGGAGCGACAGUAUAGACGCAAGAAGCCAAAAGGAAAUCGAUCAGUAUAUGGAUUUUUAUAGGCAGAUUUUGAAAAUCAACAAAAGACACAUCGCAACAAUUCAAGAAUAUAUCCAAGAUAAUGGCAUCUUGCCUCUAGCAGUCGAAGAACCCAAAGGAACCGAGAAUCCACCGAAAUCCACAAAUCCGAAAGAUGAACCGGGCCCGGAUGUACCCGAGUCGAAGCAAUAG